AUGGGUGUUGUCACUACUGAAAUUGAGAUAACUUGUGCCGUGGCUCCUGCAAUACUAUACAAAGCGAUGGUCCUUGAUGCUACCAAAAUUUUUCCAAAAGCUUUACCAAACUUCAUUAAGAGUGUUGACAUCAUUGAAGGAGACGGAGGUCCGGGAUCCAUUAAGCAGUUUACUCUUCCCGAAGGAUACGUAAAGCUCGAGGUAAAUGUGGUGGAUUCAAUAAACUACGUGUACCAGUGCACAAUAAUUGAAGCUGUAACGAGUAUUUUGUCAGACCCAUUGGAGAAGAUAUCGAAUGAGUACAAAUUUGUGGGAAGCCUUGAUGGAGGGUGCAUCGUCAAGUCCACAGGCAAAUACUAUACCAAAGGUGAUGAGCAACUGACAGAAGAAUUUCUGAAGCCUAACAAGGAAAGGUUUACACUGUUCACCAAGGGUAUUGAGGAUUAUCUUAUGGCAAAUCCUGAUUACAACUGA